GAGAUGAGAAUUCGUCGCCCCAGCAGUUUUCAAACAAGAAAGCAGACACCAAAGAAGGGCAAGCCCUCGAGAAAGAGAAAAGCAAUCCUUUCAAAGAUGAAACUUCAUCGUGGAAGCAAAGCACGAAUGCAAAACUCCUCGAUUUGAUGGCUUCUUAUGAUCAGGGGCAAAGUAAAAGCACCAAAAGAAAAGAUUCCGAUUUAAAGCCUUGCAAAGUAUGCAAGUUUCUCUUCUUCCAGGACAAAAAUGACGGGCAAGAGGGUGUAUGCACAGCAUGCAGGCUGAAGGAGAAAACCGCGACAAUGGUCUUGUGUCUGCUGUGCGAUUUUGCGCCAUGCUAACUGUCACGUUUGGCAGGUUGAUAUUGAAAUAUCUCAAGACUCGACCGCGGGAAACUGCACGCAUAUUGAAUCCAAGUGGUUGCCAUCAUGCGACUCCGUUUCCGCGAAGAACGAAGAAUAUUCCUCGAUGUACAAGGCGCUCUUUGUCAGACAUACACUUUUCGGCUUUUUCUUUUUCGGUUUCGUGUUGCUAUGUCCGUUAGUAACUGUUGGACGAUGGUCCUACCUGUGGAGUCUGCCGAGACAUUCACUCACAGCUUCUUCUGCGUCUUUUUCGUAUUCUGCUCAGCCUCUCUUGCACUCCGAGGAUGACAGUGAAGCAAAGAAGAAUGCCACGGUUCAGGUCCUUGAGGUUGGCACUGCGCACAUGACCUUGCUUCCUUUGUGAUCCUGACAUUGUUUCAGGCUUCUGCUCCCCCAGACGGCAAAAAUAAGCGGAAAAAUAAGCGGAGGCCUGAGGAAUUGGUCGUGAAGCCAAAUAUCACUUCUAACACGCGCGGCAAAUUCAGCGUCUUGAAAUCACGUUGGUCAAUCAUACCAGUCAAUGUGGCAAGACAGUUUAUGAGAUCUAUCUUGUUUUCGUUUAUGAUUUUGGCUUUUGACGCUAUUCUCUUUAUUUAGCGACUGAUUUGAAAUAUUUGGUCACUUCGUGUAUGAAUAAAAAUUGCAUCAUGUUU